AAACAUGAAUGUAGCCCUCAUCAGGGCCCUUUACCCUACGCGAGCAAAGCUCAACUCGGCGGUCAGUGCGCGCGCGCAGUCGACGGAAUAACACGCACAAUGACGCGCAUACUUAUCCUCCUGUUGUGUUUGUCCCGGACUCGAACCGCGUAUAUCACAGAUCCGCCAUCGUUCGCGGAACGUCUGGACAAGUUAUACGAAAAGUUGGAAAAGUUUACAGUCGCGCCUCAUAACAGAGACGACAGGCUCUAUGCAAAACUGGAAAAGUUAAACAGUCUAACCCCUGAUGCACAGCUUAGUGAGGAGGAUGAGAUCCUGUCGGCUAUUCAGAUGUGGGGAACCAUGAGCGACGAUCAGCUCCAGGAGGUGAUACAAGGGCUGCGGGAGAUGAAGGAAGACAGGAGCGAGAGGCUCGCCGAUGAUUACAUUGACGGCGAUUGGAAUGAUGAAGAUGAUCCAGACAGUGAGGGUGACUACGCGAACGAUGUCGGCGAGGAUUGGGAUCCACUAGAAGAUGACAUCAGCUCAACCUCGAAGCCACUGCUGGGCGUGACACCUUCCGCCUUCACCAGACUGGACAAUUACAGGCAUACCAUCGUGUCCGCUGUGGACCCCGUAGCUGCUACAAAGGAGAGACCCAGGAUUUUAGACGAUUCUUACUCCACAGCCGAGGAUCGGCUUGCUGUUCGCAGGGCAGCCCUUUCCAACAUUAGGACGGCACUGCGCUCAGGACAAUGCCUGACACCUCAGCCGCGGUGGCUGUCUGUGAGGAAGCUGGCCCCAGCGGCUGACACUUUGUACAUGCCCCCAUGUGUACAGCUUCACCGUUGCGCUGAAGACACCGGUUGCUGCCACGACGAGGCUCAGAUGUGUGCGCCAGUCGAUGGAAAACACAUAGUUCUAUCUUUUCUGUUAAAUAAAGCUGAUGGCAAUCUGACCACAGCCCGCAUGCUGUUCUUUAACCACACGAGAUGCGCGUGCGUCUCCAAGGACACACUCCAGAGCACUGCCAGGUCCCGGAUCGACAGACCUGUGCCGGAGAAACGGGAAGCUAGUGCUAGUGAGAGACAGAACGAUUGGAGACCUCCUACUGAAGAGCCGCCGUUGGAAAGAGAUGAAGAACAGGCCUCACCACAAUUACGAAGAUGUACCUGCCCAAAGCUGUUCAAGAACCGGAUAACUGACGACGUUUGCUCCUGCAACUGUGAUUGGCCCGUGGCCAGUCGCCGGCGCGACUGUCUCUCUCUCGCCCGUGGGAGGGAGCACUUCGGUUUGAGGGACAGAGUCUGUGUGGCUCAAGGAGACUGCAAUGUCCCGAGCUGUGAAUACGGUCCAUACGAGAGACACGCGGGACGAUGCCCCAUGAGGAGAUACAAGAGACGAUUUCAUUUAAGGGGGAGAUACCAGCCGAAAAGUGCGGCAUGAAUUAAUUAUAAGUUGUAACACACGUAUAGUCUAGAUAGAGUAGGGCUUUGCAGUGGAACCACUGAUCUCUUCUAUUUACCACUGGACUGGCGGCUGUCAAAGCGCUUUCGUGCCUGUUUGAUAUUCGCCAUUUGGGCGCUGUUAGCCAUAGCGAGAGUCUGCGGUACUAAAAACAGUGAUAACGACCUCAACUAAAUAAACAGCGAUAUAUGGUGGGAUAUAUGGUGGUUACGUUGAUUCUUAAAGUAACACGAAAAACGAACGAAACUUAAUUCAAAAUCCAAAAAUACUUCAGAGUAGAAUAUAUUUAACCUAUACUGUACGCUUUUCACGCAGCCAUUUGUAUUAUACGUCAAAAUUAGUUCUCUGGACGGUCGCGAGUGGCGCUUCAAAUAGGCACAAAAAAUUUGCUGUCAAACAUAUGGAACAGCCUGACCAGUGGUAUUUAUACAACAAUAUUUAUUUAACAGUCAGAUAUUUGACCGAGCGGUUUGUGAAUCAAGCAACAGUUCGAAUAGCUCCAUCUCGUUCACAUAAAAGUGAGCUUGAGCGAAAAGAAAAUAUACUCGACAUCGGCAGUAGCGGGUCAUUGGCCGAAAUUCUCUUGGCUUCGCGACACUAAUGUAAGGAGAAAAAUUGCAACCCUUCAAAUUCGUAUGCACGUAUUACUAAGUGCACCGUAUAUUAUCUAAGAACAAAUGCUUUAAUAAUUUUUAAAUGUGUUUAAUUUUUGAUAUCGCAAAUUAUUACGUAUAAAUCGUGACUUAUAAUGUACUGUUCUUACUUACCAAUAAAUGAACAAAGCGUGCAAGAAAGAAAGAAGAACACUUCUAACGGAGAUACAGCAAGAUAGAAUAGAAAAGCGAAUCUAAUGUUACUGUAACCGAUCUUGAUUGGCAAGUCGUAAACAGUCAGCUUCGCUUGGAAUUAGCUUAAUAUUUUGAAUAUCAAGCAACUAGCUAACACACACAUUGACAAAUAAAAAUUGUUCACAAGUUAUCAGGCUGUCAGGUCAUCCGUACGAUAGUAUGUUCAUAUAUAUGGUAUAUAUAUCGUAAAAUGAUAAUUCAUGGUAGUAUUUUAUUACAGGCUUUUUGUUAUAGAAUCAUAAAUAAAGCAUAAAAUAAUUAUAUUCAUCCAGUAAACCUACCUAUAAGUAUUUAAGAAAAUCAGGAACUAUAAAGUAACAUGUUUACAUAGUUAUUUAACUAAUAUUAAUGAUUGUACCCAAAGAGGAUGUAAAUACUACGUAAUGAGAGGCGGGACUGUCUAAGAAAACAUUGAAAUUUAAUUUUGUAUGAAACGUGCAGUGAUUUGACAUAAAUUUGAAAUAGUAAUUACAAUAUGGCGACCAAAUGUAAUCCGGCUAACUUUGAAAGCGAACAGUUGCCUAAAACGUAGUGGAUUAUAUUAUCUACAAGAUUAUAGCCGUCAUCUGUCAAUCUAUCAAUGACUGCACGUUGCAUAA